CGCAGUCUUUGACUCAAGAACUUCCUGUAAAGUUUCUGUCAGCUUGUCUUUGUGUUUAUUAUAUGGUCAGUUCUCCCAGCAUAUCUGUUUUUUUUUUUUACUGUUCAGGAGGUUCUAGAGGUGAUUAGAAUUUAAAAACAUACUGAAAAACAUGAUGCCAUUCUGGACUAUCUGUGCUCAAGAAUUUAUUUAGCAGCAGAACAGCUCUCUGCUCUGUAGCUGAUGUUUCGUAACGGAAUAAAAAAUGUACUAAUAUAUUAAAUGUUCAUUAUAUUAAUUUAUUCUCACCACUUACAAUCAGAUUUAUUCUUAGAAUAAACUGAAGUUAGUCCUUCUGUUAUUAAUUGAAGGCGAAGGAAUUUUCCAUGCAGAGGACUAUGAGGUCCGUUUGUGAAGUUGUGUAUGAAAUCAUUCUACUAGCGUUCAGCAUCUGUGAAGUUUAUUCAGAUACAAAAGUAGCCAGAAGAGAUAUCACAGCCAUCGCUGGCACAACAGUGUCUCUGCACUGUAAGAAUGAAUCCCUGAGUCAUUUGACACAAGUCAACUGGAAGAAAGACGGGCAUCUCCUUGUCAGUUACAGACCUGAGAGUCCACCCUUUUACAAAGAGAAUACUACAUUAAGAUUUCAGCCAAGUCAAGACAAGCUGUAUGGUGUGCAGAUUCAGGAUGUGGUCACCUCAGAUGCUGGGAACUAUUCGUGCGAAACCACGACACAGUUAGGGAUCUGGGAGGAAUUCUGGGAACUUCUUGUCCAAGGUCACGUGGAGACUCCAGUACCAAACAUUGCCAUCUAUGUGGUUCCUUCCAUUUCAUUUGCUGUCUUUGGGGCUAUAGUGAUCAUUUUCUGUAAGAAAAGAUGCAGACGACGUCAGAGCACAAGGGGAAAUGAAGCACGUCCCUUCAAAAGAAAGAUGCAACGCAAGAAUGAAGAAAUUUAUGAGAAUUCUCUGAUGCUCAAGUCCGAUCUAGAUCUGGCACAGCAGCAAAAAGGAUGUAAAGAAACAUGCUUCUCGUAAAUGAAAUGCAUGAUUCUUAGUUUAGAUGCAGCAGGGAUCUGGGAGAACUAAAAAUGUUAUUGGAUGGCAGUCUAACACAGGCCUUACAUUGAGAUACCUAAACCCAGUUUUAUUUUCCACCUUGUAUUUUUAGCAUUCAUACAUACUGUACAUCAUAGCUCUGUGAAGCAGGCUUUGGAAAAACUGAGGUAACCACAAAUGCAAAGUGACAAUAUAAAUACAAGCGAAUUGAGCUCAUUUGCUUCCUGUGAGGCUUAAUUUAAAUCGAGUGCUAGGCAGCACAACAACAUGGUGGAAAUUGCUACUACUGUACCUCACAGCUCCUUGGUCCCAGCUUCAAUUCCAGACUGAGGUGCUGGGCUGUGUGGAGUCUGCAUGGUUCUCCAUGUUUGCAGGAAUGUCCUCCCACCUUCCAAAGCCCUGCUGGCUGCACGCACCAUAAAUCCAGUACCUGUUCAUGCCCAGUGUCUUUAUUGUCCUGGACUGGGCUCAAUCCUUACCUCUUUAAUGGAAGAAUGAAACCAAGGAUCAUCUGCAAGUGUCUCUUCUCACCUGUUUCAAAGUCAAACCUUUGCUUACAGAUCGUGUGCUGUAGAUGGGUUUGGAAAAAUACCAAACCAGUUUUGGUAAAAGAGAUAAAUGUCCCUGCAAAGCUCAUAGAGCUCAUAGACUUUAAUCGGCAUUUGCAAGUUUAAGUGGUUCUCUAUGUGGAUUAAAGUAUUAAAGAUAAAAGUAUUAAUUACGUUGACUUGCAUGUACUUAACCUGGCUACAUAAAAUGUUAUUUUUAAAACAUAAACUAUGACUAUUUAUGUAACAGUAGUUUUAACAUCCUUAUGUAUGACACAUCUGUGUCAGUUUUUACCUGUCUACUGCCAUGUUCGUUCCAAGUGCAAUGUGUAUUAUGCACGUGCAAUAUAAUAAAAAGGGUUUCUGAUUAGACUUUUGUUUAAAAAAAACAAUGUAAUUCAUAUGAAAUAAAAUGAA